UAAAGCAGCGGGGAAAACGAAACAAGCUUGGUGUCCUUCAAGAGACUCCCACCGCGUGUAAGCAAGGCGCGGAACGCAGAACAACAGUGGCGACCAUGAGAGUGACGGUGCUGAGCCUAUGCUUGGUGAUGAGCGCCAUAUGCACUGUAUGUGCCCAGCAAAUGGGGGCCGCUGCGUUCUGCCCUCUGAGAAUGAGAGAAAAGAUACGAAUACUCCAGUGCACGGUGAACAACCUGCAAGAACGAGACAGAGAACGUGUGUUCCAGGUCAUGACCUACAAUCGCUUGGAUGCCAAAAGGCUGGCGAAAUGGCUCUGCACGCCGGACGCGGCAUUUGCAUUACCAAAAGUGUUUAAGAGAAAACAGCUGAAAAGGUUCAUCGCAGCUGGCAUCAGCUGCCAAAAUAUACUGAUGGGAAACGCUUAUGGAGGGCCCUCAUCGUACGAGUGACGCACUCGUCACGCAUCUGCGACACUCAGCUGUUCUGCAAUAAAUGACUCAUUACAUGCGACCCACCUCUAUAAAGGAACUCUAUCAGU